AUGGAGGCCAUGCUGUUGAAAAAACCUAAUAAGGAAGCUGAUAUAAGGAGUGCAGUUACAGCAUUGAUUAUUCAGGUUGUGUUGAAUGAAAAAUCCACGGCAAAUUGCUUAGUUUUCAAGAUCUGCUGCGAAGAUGACUCUUUUGAUGAUGAAAUAGCAAACACCACCUACCCACGACUAAUUGGAUCAGGAGAAUUAGGGAGUCUGGACCCCCUUGUAAUUGCUACCGAAGGGCAAAUUUUUUUAGAUCUGUCAAAAAAAAAUAUAGAAAUUUCAUUGUCUAUAGUACUACUUCUAGGUACAUUUUACGUACUUAAUAUGGAGUAUACACCAAAGGCCUGUAACAUUUAUGCCCUUUUGGAAGUAGUUUUGAUGGGUAAGCCCGCAAAUGCAAAGAAAAGGGUUUCAGUUCAAAAGUUUGUGAAAAGUUUGGGGCUUUAGAGAUUAUAAGAUAGUAGUAUUUCUAAGAUGUUUUAUAUAUUUAGUUAUAUAUAUAUACAUUUAACUUUACUUGUUUCAUAUAUUGACUUGUUUAUAGUAUGUUUUAUGUUUUGUAUAUAUUUAUAUGUGUGAAUACAUGCAUAUAAAUCAUUU